AUGCUACCAUUCUUGACGUUGUCCUUUCACUGUCCCUGUUUUCCGUGUCCUUUAUCCUCCCCUCCCCUCCCUCUCUCCCUCCCUCCCUCCCUCCCUCCCUCCCUCCCUCCCUCCCUCCCUCCCUCCCUCCCUCCCCUCCCUCCCUCCCUCCCUCCCUCCCUCCCCUCCCUCCCUACCUCCCUCCCUCCCUCCCUCCCUCCCCUCCCUCUCUCCCUCCCUCCCUCCCUCCCUCCCUCCCUCCCUCCCUCCCUCCCUCCCUCCCUCCCUCCCUCCCUCCCUCCCUCCCCUCCCUCCCUCCCUCCCUCCCUCCCUCCCCUCCCUCCCUACCUCCCUCCCUCCCUCCCUCCCUCCCUCCCUCCCUCCCUCCCUCCCUCCCUCCCUCCCUCCCUCCCUCCCUCCCUCCCUCCCUCCCUCCCUCCCUCCCUCCUCCCUCCCUCCCUCCCUCCCUCCCUCCCUCCCUCCCUCCCUCCCUCCCUCCCUCCCUCCCUCCCUCCCUCCCUCCCUCCCUCCCUCCCUCCCUCCCUCCCUCCCUCCCUCCCUCCCUCCCUCCCUCCCUCCCUUCCCUCCCUCCCUCCCUCCCUCCCUCCCUCCCUCCCUCCCUCCCUACCUCCCUCCCUCCCUCCCUCCCUACCUCCCUCCCUCCCUCCCUCCCUCCCUCCCUCCCUCCCUCCCUCCCUCCCUCCCUCCCUCCCUCCCUCCCUCCCUCCCUACCUCCCUCCCAGCUCUCCGUAUCCUCCCCUUCAGGUACAGGCAAGACCCUUGCCUAUCUCCUCCCCGUCCUCCACCUCCCCUUUGUCCUUGCACGUCCCCCUUUCCCAUUACCUGUUAUCCUCCCCUGUUUCUCUCCCUCCUUCGCAGCUCUUCCUCUCGUCUCCUUCAGGAACAGGCAAGACCCUCGCCUACCUCCUCCCCAUCCUCCAUCUGCUCCACCUCCCCUCCCUCUCCUCCUCCCUCUUCUCUCCCCCCCACAUCCCCUCCUCUCGUUUACGCCAACUCCACAAACGCCCCCCGCAAGAAGGGAAACGCCCAGCAGCAGCCAAUCGCAGCGCGCCAGCUGGCAGCGGUGCCGCUGCCGCCACCGCUGACGUUGCUGCUAUUGGCCCGGUUUGUCUUGUUCUGACGCCCACGUUGGAGCUGGCCAAUCAGGUGGUGGAGGAGGUUCGGCGAUUCACUCGCUUCGUCCCGGAGCUGACGGUUGAUGUCGUGACGGCUGCUGCGUCACAGCAAGCUGCGUCUCAGGCAAGUAGUGCAUUGGCCCUAACGGUGCGCUCUCUGCACCGCCGCCCACCCCACGUGCUGGUUGCAACACCUGGCCGCCUGCUGAGGCUCUUCCAAGAGGUCAUCCUCGUGUCUGCUUCUGUUCUCCCCGAAUCAGACCUGCUGCUCUCCUCCGCACUCCUCUGUAACCCCCUGCACCCCCUCUGCACCCGUCUGCACUCCUGUCCACCCCUCUGCACUCCUCGCAGGUCUGAAGCAGCUGGCCUAUCGUGUGACCCCUCGCAGGAAAACUGCCCUCCUGCUCUACCUCCUCCGCAGGCGAGCAUCCCUAAAGGCUCAUCAAAGGUCAUCUCAUCCCCACUCUUCUUCCUCAGCCCCCAUCUCUUCCCCCCCUCUCUUGAGGCCUUACAGCAGUGCGGCUGUGAAGGCGGCAUCACAGCAGUGCGGCUGCACGGCGAGCUGACAGGGCCAGCCAGGAGGCUCUCGCUGGAUGCGUUCAAGCAGGGAAAUGCGCAGGUUCUAGUAUCCACAAACGUGGCAGCACGGGGUGUUGACAUUCCCAACCUCCCCUUUGUGGUGAAUUUCGACCCACCGGGCAGCCCGCAGGAGUACUUGCACCGCAUUGGCCGAACGGGUCGGGCAGGGGCGUCAGGAACUGCCAUCAGCUUCUUAGAGCCUCUGAAUGAGGAGUCAUCGAGAGGAAAAAGAGCUCUUGCUACGGAAUCAAAACAAGGCGCUCGUGUGCAGAAGGAGUCAUCUCAGGAAGCUGAUAUUCCAGAGUGA